CGUUUUAAGGUUCUGUGAUCUCUGGGAUAUGGAAUACUAUAUAGUCACUUAAUAGGAAGCUAAGUGUGUAGUUAUUGAACACAGUAAGUACUGUGAUUUAAUAAUUCUAAAACUCAUAAAAUGUCACUGAACGGUCUGGCCGAUUGUCGUACUUAUGAAGGAACCAAAAUACCGUCUUUCGUUCCAUACGCCGAUAAUGGAGGAAGUGUGAUAGCUAUUGCUGGAGAUGACUUUGCUUUAUUGGCAUCCGACACUCGACUGAGCAGUGGAUUUUCAAUCUAUACCCGCGAACAGCGAAAGCUAUUCCGUCUUUCAGAUACAACGGUGCUCGGAUGCUCGGGAUGUUGGUGUGAUACACUGACUCUGGCUCGCAUCCUGGAGGCUAGAAUGCAGAUGUACCUCCAUGAGCACCAGAAGCCCAUGUCUACUCCAGCUGUGGCUCAGAUGCUAUCUACUAUGCUGUACUACAAGAGAUUCUUCCCAUACUACGUUUCCAAUGUGCUGGCUGGACUGGAUGAAGAGGGAAAAGGUUGUGUCUACUGCUAUGACCCUGUAGGCCAUUGUCAAAAAGUAGCCUUCAAUGCAAAAGGGUCUGCUGGUGCCUUGUUGCAGCCACUUCUCGACAACCAGAUUGGAUACGAAAAUAUGGACAAUGUCACUUCUGAGCCCAUUCAUAUAGAAAAGGCCAUGGCACUUUUGAAGGAUGCCUUCAUUUCUGCUGCUGAGAGAGACAUUUAUACUGGUGACAGCAUUUUUAUCAAUAUUAUCACAAAAGAUGGUAUACAGGAGGAGAAGUUCACCCUGAGACGUGAUUAAUUUUCAAACAAAUUUAUGGAAAAUCUUGUGAAAUUCAAGAAACUGAAGGUCUGUAAGCUUGCCUACUAAAAGUCAUUGAUCUGUACACAUUUCAGUUAACAAUAAAAGCAGUACUGUUAUUCAUAUUA